AAUGUGGCAACAAGAGAAGAAAAACGGUGUUGUUUCGGUUUCCUGUUUUUGGCUAAACGAAAGGGCUUGUAAAUUACAUGAAUGUGUGUCUUGAAAUGAUUUCCUGCCGGUCGAUAAUGUUAAUUUUUUUAUAUGAAAAGAAAUUUGUAGAAAAUCUAGAACAUAUGCUAAAAUGAAAGUAAUAUCAUAAUAUUAAUAACAGUUUUCAGUGCAUGAUUGAUGAUGAAUGUUAAUAACAUGAACUAUUCUCCCUUCUUGUUGCAGCGUCUGUCAACUGACUUAAAGGAGAGUUAGGAAAUGUUAAUGAAAAAAAAGGACUUUUGUUCUGAUUUCAUCUCUUCUAAUAGAAAAAUUUUAUUUUGUAUUAUGCAAUGGAACUCUGCAGUUAAAAUAUCUUUUCUGCUGAUGACAUGGCUAGAGCAUUAAAAACAUAUGCGUAAUUAAACACAUCUAUUCAAUAUUUGAUAAACAUAAAAAUUUUUCUAAGAUGGAGCUGCAGCAAAAUGACAAUGAUAUGAAUUGUAUGGAUAAGCUGCAGGAUGACUCAGGUUCUCAGAAGAGUUAUAUGGAAUUAGAACAAACCGAUAACAUACGUUCUGCUACAAAUCAUAUGAAUAAACCUAAUGAUUAUUUAUAUUGUCAACUGACUGAUGAUGUAGAACAUUCUCAUGAUAACACAGGUACUGAUUUGAGUAGCAACACAGAAAUGCCUGAUAAUAAUGUAGGUUCUCAUAAGAAUAAUGUUAUUGGAAAACCUCACAAUAAAGUUGCUUCUCAUAAAAACACUGCAGAAAACCCUCUUGUAUGUGAUGUUUGUGGCAAAAUGUUCAGGUUGAGAAAUAGCUUCACUCAACAUUUGCAUAUACAUACUGGAGAAAAACCUUAUUCAUGUAACAUUUGUGGAAGAAGUUUUAGAGAAAAUAGUAUGCUUUACAAUCAUUAUCUUAACAUUCAUUCUGCAGAGACACCUUAUGAAUGCAAUUUAUGUGAUAAAAAGUUCAAAAGGAAAGCAAGUCUCGAUUUGCAUCUUCGUACGCACAAAGGAGAAAAACCUUACGUAUGUUCCUUCUGUGGAAAGGGUUUCACUUGUAAAAGUUCACUAUCAGUUCAUCAUCGUAUUCAUACUGGGGAAAAACCAUAUGUGUGUGAUAUUUGUACCAAAUCAUUUAGAAACAGGCGUUGUCUAAAAUUGCAUUAUUUUGCUCAUACGAAUGUAGAGCCUCUUUCAUGCCAUCUUUGUAGUGCAAAAUUUAAUAAAGAAAGUGAUUUAACAGCUCAUUACUUGGUUCAUGCAGGGAAAAGGCCACAUAUUUGUGAAACAUGUGGUCAAAGUUUCUACAAAAAAACACAAUUAGUUAAUCAUGCUUUAGUACACACUGGAGAAAAACCUUAUGUCUGCAGUUUAUGCAAUAAACAUUUUAAAACAAAAAGAACACUUUCAAGACAUUGCAUCACUCACACUUCAGGAAAACCUUUUGUUUGUGAAAUUUGUGGUAAAUCUUUCAAAAGGAAGCACACUCUCAAGGAACAUUGUUUAACCCAUGUAGAUGAUAGACCUUUUUCAUGUGAUAUUUGUAACAAAGCUUUUGCAAGAAAAGAUGCCCUCAAAAUACAUUAUAUGACUCAUACAAAGCAAAAGCCAUUUCUGUGUAAUAUCUGCAAUAAGUUUUUUGGAAGAAAAAGCACGCUGAUUGCUCAUCAAAUGACACAUACGAAUGAAAAGGCAUACGAAUGUAAUAUUUGUAACAAGCGAUUCAGUCGUAAAGGUGUUCUCACAGAUCACUAUAAGAUUCACACUGGAGACAAACAACAUGUUUGUGAUUUUUGUGGUAUCAGAUUUAUUCAUAAAUCUUCCCUUACUUAUCAUCGACGUAUCCAUACAGGAGAGAAACCAUAUUUAUGUAAUAUGUGUGGGAGGAAUUCAAGAUCAAAAAAUAAACUCAUUGAGCAUUAUCAAUUACGUCAUCCAGACCACCUUAAUGAUGUACUUGAUGAGCAUCCUCAGUUGGAUAUGGAAGAAAACUUUAAUGAGGAUCUUAGUGAGCAUUUACAGUCAGAUACAGAAAAUAAUAAUGAAAAACUUCCUGAGCAGUCUCAGUUAGCUAUACAAAAGAAUGUUAAUGAUCAAUUAAUUGAACACUCUUAGUUACAUACUGAUGAGAACCCUAAUGAUAAAUUAGCACAACAUUCUUAGUUAUAUGUGGAAGAAAUAUUGUGUGAUGUUUAUGUGAAAUUACUUCUGUUCACUAUAAACUGUCUCCUUCCGAAAAAGUCCACAGUUGAAUUCUAAAUUUUCCACUUACUUACCUUCUUGCAUUUAUGUUAAGAAAAUGCAACAGAUAAAUUGUAAAAAUAUAUUCAAAUGCAAAAGUUAAAUUUUAAAGCAUUGAAAAAUAUGCUGGUUUAUUUUCACAGGUAAUAAAUUUAGGGGUUUCUGCAGAAUAUUUAGAAAAUUCUGUGUAAGCAUAAAGUAAUAAAAAACAUUAAAAUAUAGAA